AUGGGAGAAAUUGAGCAAGUACUGGAUAUGUCUUGCAGUUAUGUCCAGGGGUUUAGAAAAUUUGAAGAGUUGGACAGGCCUGUCACUCUAACCCUUCCCAGGCCAUCUAUUGAAGAAGCUUCGAAGCUAGAACUUAAGCCACUUCCAGCGCAUCUGCGCUAUGCCUAUUUGGGGAACUCUGAGAUAUUUCUCGUGAUUAUUUCAUCCAGCUUGACCAACACUCAAGAAGAAAAAUUGCUCAGAGUACUCUGCGAGCACAGAAAGGCCAUUGGGUGGACUAUAGCUGACGUCAAGGGUAUUAGUCCAUUAUUUUGCAUGCAUAAAAUCUUUUUAGAGGACGGACACCGCCCUAGUGUGGAGCAGCAAAGAAGAUUAAAUCCCAUUAUGAAAGAGGUGGUAAAAAAGGAAGUAAUCAAGUUGCUCGAUGCAGGUAUCAUUUUUCUUAUUUCUGACAGCAACUGGAUUGUCAUAUGCCCAGAGGAUAAGGAGAAGACCACUUUUACUUGUACUUAUGGUACUUUUGCCUUCAACCAAAUGUCGUUUGGUCUUUGUAAUGCACCAGCCACUUUCCAGAGGCUGCUUGAAAAAAAUGUAACUUUCAACUUUGAUGAUGCUUGCCUCAAGGCAUUUGAAGAACUCAAAAAGAAGUUGGUGACUGCUCCCAUUAUUGUGGCACCUGAUGGGUCCUUACCAUUUGAACUUAUGUGUGAUGCGAGUGACCUUGCUAUUGAGGUAGUGCUAGGCCAGAGGAGGGACAAAGUGUUUUAUUCUAUCUACUAUGCGAGUAAGACUCUUGAUGAUGCACAACUGAAUUACACCACCACUGAGAAGGAGUUGUUAGCUAUUGUGUGGGCCUUUGAGAAAUUUUGGGCAUACUUGGAGGGAACGAAAGUCAUAGUCCAUACCGAUCAUGCAGCAAUUAGGUAUUUAUUUACAAAAAAGGAAUCUAAGGCUAGAUUGAUGCAUUGGGUUUUGUUGCUGCAGGAAUUUGAUGUAGAAAUACAAGAUCAAAAGGGGACAGAGAACCAAGUAGCUGAUCAUCUAUCAAGGCUACUACGUGAAUUAUCUUGUGAGUGGGUACUUCCUCCUAAAAUUGAAUCUGAAGCUAGAAAGAGGUUUUUACAUGAUGUGAACUUUUACUACUGGGAUGAGCCCUAUUUGUACAAGCAAUGUGCUGAUCAGUUGAUGAGGAGAUGCAUUCCUGAAAAAGAGGUGGAAUUAGUGUUGUAUGAUUGUCGCGCAUCGCCUUAUGGGGGCCAUCAUGGAGGAGAUAGAACAGCUGCAAAGAGAACGGGAACAAUCAUAAGGAGGCAUGAGAUACCUUUGAAUAACAUCCUAGAAGUUAAGCUUUUUGAUGUGUGGGGGAUAGAUUUUAUGGGGCCAUUUCCACCAUCCAGAGGAAACAAAUACAUUUUCCUAGCAGUUGACUACGUGUCAAAAUGGGUGGAGGCAAUUGCUUUUCCAAAGAAUGAUGCCAUGGUGGUAGCUGCUUUUGUGAAAAAGAACAUAUUCUCAAGAUUUGGGACUCCACAUGCCUUAAUUAGUGAUUAA